CAGUGAUGCACGUGACUAGGUCUAAUUUUUCGAGGAAUUUCCUGAACUAGUGUAUACUGAUGCUAUAAAUAGAGUAAAAUAAAAAAUACUUGUUUCACUUUAACGAGUGUAUUAUACCAGUGUAUUGUACCAGUGUAUACUAAUUCAGGAAGUUCCUCGAAAAAAAAACAGACCAACGUUUUACGUCAGUAAGGAUAAAAAAAUACAUGCUCAGACUAACCAACUUAUCCCAAGUGUGCCUAUUCAUUCAUAAAUAUUUAAAUAACGAUAAUUUGUACAAUACUGAAUAAGCUGUAACUGAAAUGACACAACAACUGAGUAACAAAGCAAAGAUUAAAUCAUUUCUCACUGUGACAAGCAGUGCUGCUGCUCUGUUUGGUGGUAUUUCAAUCUUUCAAGGCAAUGAGAAAUUUUAUAAAAAUGUAAUCCUACCUUUGGUCCAGCUGAUUGAUCCAGAAAUUUCUCACAACCUCGCAGUAACAGUUCUGAAAUGGAAUCUUGUGCCAAAACAGAAGGUAGAAGAUUCCAACUUGUUGCAAACAAGUAUUUUGGGCCUGCAAUUCAAAAAUCCAGUUGGUAUAGCUGCAGGAUUCGAUAAGCAAGGAGAAGCAGUAAAAGGAUUACACAAAAUUGGCUUUGGUUUUGUAGAAAUAGGAUCUGUAACACCAAAACCUCAGCCUGGUAGAUCAAAGCCCAGAGUCUUCAGGUUACCAGAAGAUAAUGCAGUUGUAAAUAGAUAUGGAUUUAACAGCGAUGGUCACCAAGCUGUAUGGGAACGUCUCAAGAAGCUGAAACAGAAUAAGCAUUUUAAUGGUGUUGUUGGGAUAAAUUUAGGAAGCAACGAGGAGACAGAAGAUGUUGUUCAAGAUUACAUCGAUGGCAUAAAAAAAUUUAUGGAUGUAGCAGAUUAUUUUGUAAUUAAUGUAUCUUGUCCUAAUACUGUGAUAUUAAGAUCUUUACAAAGUAGGAAGAAUUUAGCAGACUUACUGGUCAAAGUAAACACUGCGAGGGAAUUGGUUGGUAGCAGACAGCCGUUACUCUUAAAGCUGUCUCCAGACUUGUCGGAGUCUGAACGACAAGAUGUGGCAGAUAUAAUUUUAAGUAGCAAAACCAAAGUUGAUGGUUUGAUCUUGUGCAAUACAACGACUACACGGCCAAAUUUGAUAAGUCCCAACAAGGAAGAGAGCGGUGGUCUCAGCGGUGCUCCUUUGACCAAUCUUUCUACCGCUAUGAUCUCUGACAUGUACAAGAGAACGCGCGGCAGAAUUCCAAUUAUCGGUGUGGGUGGAGUUUUCUCUGGUGUUGAUGCCUACGAGAAAAUAAAAGCUGGUGCUUCCUUAAUACAAAUUUACACAUCAUACAUAUACAACGGACCACCAAUAAUUGACAAGAUCAAACGUGAAUUGUGUGAAAUACUUAAAACUAAUGGUUUCUCUUCGAUAACUGAUGCGGUCGGUAAAGGCACAAAAAGUAAAUGAAUAAUUUACUACAUAUGACUUUACACGCGAGAAUAAUGUUCGAUUUUAUGUAUAAAGAUACAGUACUUUGAAGAUACUAUAACAGUUUGUGUUAGAUUCAUAACGUGCAAUAUAUAUUUCAAAUGAGUUUAUAGAGUCACAUAAGUUAUAAUUGUGCACUUUGUGUAAUUACUUUUAGUUUUUAUCACGUUGCUAUGUUGUAUAUUAUACCAUAAUCUAGUACAUUAUAGUAUAUAGUAUAUAGUAUAUAGUAUCUAGU